CAUCAUGUGCUCAAAAUGAGAAGAGAAUGAAAAUAUGCUACUCAUGUGAACGGUAUGUCAAAGGGGACAAACAGGAUGCAAUGUCUUUAAGCUGCAAACAGGGUAAUGAAGUAGAAAUUAUAGCAACCUUUUCAUUCAAUGAUAGGACCCGUAAAGAUCCAGACAAGAUACACUAUUCUGUGAAUGAACAUGUCAGACUAUUUAGGCUGAAGAAUUAUUGUAAGGGGAUGUCCUCUUGUAACAUAAUCUCUUCACCAGGAAGUGGACAGAUAUACGAAAAGAUAAUGUUUCACUGUAUUUCGCCUCCUAGAAAACCUUCGAUCAGUAGUACCCAGAAACCAGACGCAGAUUUAAACCACCAGCUAGCCUCAAAACAUGGCCAACCAGACAUUAAGAAUAAACUAUUGCAAGAGACUACAAGAAGCCCAAGUAUAGGACUGAUUAAGACCCAAACAGUGUCGUAUCAACAGCACACUAUGGGUACAUUUUCAAGUACUGUUCUGGGCAGUGGUAUGGAUACAGCAUCAACAUCAGAAGGAUCAACAAAGAUCUCGGUUGCUCCUGUUGUGUUGGUAACAUUAGUUUGCUUACUGGCAGUCUGUUUAUUUGGCC